GAUGCAAUCGUCAUUUUUGGAGAACCAGGCGAAGUUGGCGGUCAUUUCAAUGUUCCAUUCGUAGCCUUGAAAUCGUCGUCGACAGAAGACCCACUGGCCACAACGAAGACUCACUGGCCUUAUCACUCGAUUGCUCACUAACUCCACUCUCCCAAGUCCCAAACGCACCCAAAUAUCUCUGUUAUCCAUCAAUGGCGGCCUCCCUUCCAAAUGUCGGGUCGUUAUCGGGUACACGAAGCGUGUACCGGAUCGGGGUUCCGAGUCCCACGCGCAGUUCGGUCAAGCUUCGGAUAUCUCCAUCGCCGUCUUCAUUGAGCUUCUUCUCCGGCCCUUUGUGUAUAAGCCCUCUCACAUAUUCGUCGUCGAACCCUUCUCGUAGGAGAGCUGGUCUUCUUAGCUCGGUCAGGGCCAGUGCUGAGGAAGCAACCUUACAAUCAAAAGUUACCAACAGAGUGUAUUUUGAUGUAAGUAUCGGGAAUCCUGUAGGGAAGCUUGCCGGAAGGAUUGUUAUUGGGUUGUAUGGUGAUGAUGUACCCCAGACGGCAGAGAACUUCCGUGCCCUUUGCACAGGAGAGAAGGGCUUUGGAUACAAAGGUUCCGCAUUUCAUCGUGUAAUCAAGGAUUUCAUGAUUCAAGGAGGGGACUUUGAUAAAGGAAACGGAACUGGAGGUAAAAGUAUAUAUGGUCGUACAUUCAAAGAUGAGAAUUUCAAGUUGGCUCAUGUUGGACCGGGAGUUGUUAGUAUGGCAAAUGCUGGCCCCAACACCAAUGGGAGUCAGUUUUUCAUAUGCACUGUCAAGACUUCAUGGCUGGAUCAAAGGCACGUUGUCUUUGGACAAGUUCUGGAGGGCAUGGAUGUCGUUAGGCUGAUUGAAUCCCAAGAAACUGACCGAGGAGACCGUCCUAGAAAGAAGGUGGUCAUUGCUGACUGCGGUGAGCUUCCAGUUGUCUAACGUGGAUGUUCCUAGAUUUUUCUUUUUUUUUGGAUGAGUUAUGCACCAAAGGAUUUUGUUUAUUUUUAUUCCUGAAGAAAGAGAUUUAUAACACUGGGAGUUUUAUUAAAGAGAUUAGGGAAUCCUUUACUGAAGGUUUAGGGUUAUUGAAUACGUGCACUUGAAUCAUCUAAAUAAGAAGCUCGAUGAGAUUUGUAAAUGGAUGAAUCAUCAUCCAUUAUGCUUAUGCUGGAUGUAUUAUUAUUAUUAUUAUUAUUCCUAACUGAUAUUGCAAAAA